ACAAAGAAGAAGUUCUAUGACACGGAACUGGAAAACCUGGAACGGCAGCAGAAGCAGCAGAUCGAGAAGAUGGAACAAGAUCAUGCGCUGCACCGGCGGGAGGAGGCCAAGCGCAUUCGCCUGGAGCAGGAGCGGGACCAUGUCAAAUUCCUGGAGCAGCUGAAGCAGAUGAAGAAAGAGGUCAAGAAUGAGGUUGAAAAGCUGCCACGGCAACAGCGCAAAGGGAACAUGAAGGUGAAGAUGGAUGACUUUGCCCAGAAAAAACAAACCAUGGAACAGGAGUUUUUUGCCAAGCAGAAGGAAGACCUGGAGCUAGCCAUGAAGAAUAUAACCAUCCAGAACAAGAAAGAGAUCUGCGACAAGGAACGCGAGUGCCUGAACAAAAAGCAGCAGCUCAUGAGAGGUGGGUGGCAAAGGCUGCAAAGGAGGAAAGCAAAUCCUCAACAGGAGAAACACCAGCUUGUCAAGCAGCAGCUAAAGGAUCAAUAUUUCCUGCAGAGGCACGAGUUGCUCCGGAAGCAUGAGAAGGAAAGGGAGCAGAUGCAGAGAUACAACCAGCGCAUGUUAGAGCAGCUGAAAAUUCGGCAGCAGCAGGAGAGAGCCCGGCUCCCCAAAAUCCAGAGGAGCGAAGGGAAGACGCGCAUGGCCAUGUACAAGAAGAGCCUUCACAUCCACUCCAGCGGGAGUGCAUCCGAGCAGCGGGAGAAGAUAAAACAGUUUGCUCAGCAGGAGGAGAAGAGGCAAAAAGCAGAGCGGCUGCACCAGCAGCAGAAGCACGAGACGCAGAUGAAGGACAUGCAGGCCCAGUGCGAGAGCAACACCAACGAGCUCCAGCAGCUGCAGAAUGAAAAGUGUCAUCUCUUGAUUGAACAUGAAACACAGAAGCUUAAGUCCCUGGAUGAGAAUCACAACCAGCACAUGAAGGAGUGGCGAGACAAGCUGAGGCCACGGAAGAAGGCCCUGGAGGAUGAGCUGAACCAGAAGAAGCGUGAGCAGGAGAUGUUCUUCAAGCUGAGCGAGGAGGCAGGUGGACAGAUGCCAGCAUCCCCAACCAAACACGCCAAGUUUGUCCCGUUCAGCUCUGCAGAGAGCUUGUAACAUCCCACAGCUGGCAGGCCACCAGCUGGUACUUGCUCUGUCCUCCUGGGCUGCAGGUGGGCAACUUAAACUU